AGAACCCAAUGUCUAGGCGCUUGUGUAUCUGAGGGGCUAGACGCUUGUCAUCGCGCAUCAAGUAACCUCUGGCAACCCCUACGAGUUCGACUGGUAGGGAAGUGUUUCAAAUGAAUACGAAAAAUCAUUCGUUUUCAAAAGUGAUCGCUAAAUGCUGGAUAGAACGAUCGCUGUUUGAGCGAUCAUCCCUGUUUCAAUUGAAUGAGGCCUUUAAUGUCUAGUGGAAGUGCACCAACAAGAACUGGACGAGCAGUUGUUGUAGUUUUUCUGAAUGAAAUGAAGCGUUCUGCUGUGAUAUGCAAUAAACAAACUCUCUAUCCAUGUUCUGGUAACACCAUGUUUAUGCCUUCUGAUCCUCUGUUGCUGCCAACCUCUCAAGUAGGCUAUGUUGAUUUGCAUGUUUGGUACAUAUGGAAUAGACAAUUCAACCGAAAAGGAAAUUUGAACAGACAUUUAAAUUUUCAUACUGGUGUGUGGGAAAAUGUUGCAUCUAAAACAAAGAUUUAUUCUUGUUCCCUUUGCUCCUUUUCUUCUCCGGCUCUGUGGCGUUUGAACAGACAUAAAAGAGUUCAUAGUGGUGAGCGUCCUUAUGGUUGCACUGUUUGCAACAAGCGUUUCAGUGAAAAAGGAAAUAUGAAAAAGCAUUUAAUGACUCAUAGAAGAUUUCGGCAUAUAAUUUUGAAUAUUGGUACUUUUCGUUUUGCUGGCACAGACGAUAAAGUCGCCAGUAUUGUAUCCUCUGAAAUUGCGCUCUGCUACUCACACAAUUCAUUUGCAUGCCACAGAAUGAAUUCAUAUCAUUGUAAAUAUCUGUUUUUGAUAAAGGACAUGAAGGAAUUUGGAAUGACGUAUACAUGUGCAAGUGGUUCAGGUGAUUCUACUCAUCUUUCACAGUCACAAAAAUAUGCUUCUAGUUCUCCAUAUAUUUGUGAAGUAUGUAAUAAACCGUUCACACAAAAAGGAAAUUUGAAUAGGCAUUUGAAAUUUCAUACUGGAGCACGUCCGUUUGUGUGCCGUGUAUGCAACAGAGGAUUUACAUUAAAGCAAAAUCUUGAAAGACAUUUCAGAGUGCACACUGGACACCGUCCAUAUGAAUGCAAAUAUUGUGGCAAAAGAUUUAAACAAGAUACAACACUCCGGUCUCACUAUAUCACUCAUAUGAAAUCAUUUUGAUUUCGAAAUUGUGUGUGUGUGUUUUUGAAAGUAGAGCUGUAUUCUAAAGAUCAGCAAGAAAAGAUGGUACUUACAUAUUUUUCUGUCAAUUAUUUUGUCAAAAAAUGGUCACUAAACAGUGUAAUUUAGUACCAGUAAUUGAUAAGAGUGACAUCACAACACACUUAUAAGAUCCUUGUUUUGGUUUUAUUAAUUGUGGUUAAUUCUCAAUAAACCAGUUUGUGUGUAUGUAUGUGUGUGUGUGUGUUAAUGAUGACUAAAUUAACUGCUGGUUCUCAGCUUUUCUCUUGCAUUCUAAGAAAAUGAUUAAAAUGAAUGAAAUUGCAUGCUGCAUUCUACAGAAUAGCAUGCAGUAUUUGCAAAGCUACCUAAUCUUGUUAUCAUACUCAAAAUAUGCAAAAAACUCUGCAACUCAGCAAAUUGGCAGAAUAAAAACACCCCAACAAAAUUUAGAUUAAUACUUAAAAAAAAAACCUGUGGUUCCAAGUAAACAAAAAUAAUGAUUAUUUUGUUGUUAUUUUAAAUGUCAUUAGACCAUUAGGAAUUUUUAGUCACCAGAAUGAUUGGCUUAAGUUUUAAUGAAUUAGUUUGUCAGAUAAUCUAAAAACUUGAGAUUCUGUUUAUAUUUUUUGCAUGUUGUAUUACUAAUUUGUAUCUGUUGAUAAUAUAAUUAAAUAAGAGUUAUCUAUGAUUAUCUAACCAAAUAACUGUUCCUUCAAAAUGAGUUGGUAUAAGUUCAGCAGGAUCUUUGCCAACCUUCAUAGUCUAUGGGAACCAGCAUUCACAGUUGACAGGAAAAUGUGUAAGUACCAAAAAGAUUUACUAUAAUUGCCUGUUCAAUUUUCAGUUUUCUUUUUAUAUUGAAAUCAAAUAUUAAACAAGUUUUUGCAGUGUUGUGUUUAUAAUAAACUUCAUUUUAUUGACUUUAUGCAUAAUAAUAUGGUAUACUUAAAAUUUAUAUGAAAUAAUUUCUUUUGGUAUUUGUUUAAAAUAUCUAGAAUGUUUAAAAGGAAUUUUUUUAUUUAGUUGCUGAUUUUUUUUUGAAAGUUCCAAAAUUGUAAUUUGAUUUAGUUUUUUAGAGAUAUUUCUUUUUGUGUAAAUAUGCAGUGGACCCUCUUUAUAAGUUUCAAACAAUUUUGCUAUACUGUAGAAAUGGUUGUUUUAGAGAAGAUGACUGUUGGCAACUGCAUUUUGUGAUUUACUCUAUUCAAUGCUCUUAAAGAAAAAAUACACAUGUAUGGUGUAUUGUUUGUUAAUAUUAUCGUAUAAAUGAAAUUGUGAAUUAAUUACAAAAAUAUAUAGCUAUUUAUAUAGAGCAAAAAAUUAAGAAAAAUUUUUCUUGCAAUAAAUUCUCUAAAAUAUUGUGAAUAAUAUUUAAAAUAUGGAAAGAAAUAAAUAUUAUAAUCUUAAUUUGUAAAUUGUGUUUAAUAAUAUCAAAUAUAUCUAUCAUUUAUUAAAAUAGUAAUGCAUUACAAUGUGUUAACUACCUUUGCCAUAGACUACCUGCAGUGUCUCAGUAACUUAACUAAAUUCAAUGCUUUUAUUUUUUUGUUUUGCUAACAUGUUAAUCUAAAAUUAACCACUUAAGAUUUAUGAAAAUAAGUUGUCAGUUUCAAAUAAACACAACCAAUUGUAAUAAUGUCAGUAACCAGAAAUGAGUUGCUGUGGCACAUCUUGAACAUUGAUUUGCUAUUAAUUUUAUCUCUUGUGCAGGCAAGAAGUGAAAAGAAAUAAUAGUAAUAAUAAUGUAAAUAGCCUUUUAAUGCAAUGAAUCAUUUAAAGAGAGUUUCUUUAUAACUUAAAUAGUAAGAACUAGAAAUUAAAAUAAUUGAUUUAUUAAAUACAUAUGAUUUUUUAGAGUUAAAUUAGGUAUAUUAGAUAUUAGUCACUUUAUACUAGAUUAAAGCAUACACAAACGUUAAACUUUUGUAUCAAGGAAUACGUAUCGUAUAUCUGAAAAAGCAAAAUUAACAAAUCUGCGGUGGCUAAUUAUUGUCAGAAAUUUAAUCAUAAUUUUACUUUGAGUCUGCAAAAAUCAUUCAAAAAUUUCUUCAAUUGAUGAGUUGGAUUUUCUUGAAGCUUUUCAUAUUCACAAUGAUUUAUCUUGUUUAGUUAAUGACUUUUAAGUCUAAUCCAGCCCUUUCUAAUGCUUUUAAAAUUCUAUUAACUUAAUAUUUCAAUUUUGUUAAUAUUUUCCCCGCUAGAAGUUGCUACCUUCUUGUUCACUUUACUUUGGAGUAUAAAUAUGACCUUUGCAUGCACUGCUUUCCAGUCUUGCAUAUUUCUUUGCUCCUGGCAAAGAGGGACCUGUACCUACUUGCCCUCAAAAUCGAUUGAGAUCUUGACAUAAAUCUAAUCCAAACUCAAGGUUGUUGUAAUACUAAUUUUGUAUAUUAAAGAGAAUUCCCUGUAUUAUGAUGAAUGUUGUUCACUGUAUUCAGAAUUUAGGUAUAGUAGUAUUACAGUUCCAGUUUUAUUUAACAUUUUGUAUAAAGUUGAAACAGAUUUUUGUAUGAUGUAAAAUUGUUCAGUUUAUUUGUAUAUUAAAUUAUGUUUGCUAAAAUGUUUAUACCAGUGCAUAAAUUUGAUAAGAUGAGUGAUACAUUUUGAAACAUCAGCUAUGUAUCUUUUGUAGUUCUUUCAGAACGUAUAAUUGCAGUAUACUCCAAGAUAUUUAUUUAUGUUUACCAUGUUGUAGUUUAUUUAAAUAUCAGAUUAAAUGUCGAGUACUAGAUUUUUCA